AUGGAUCCAUCCCUUGUAUCAGCGGUUCAGGCUGGUGGCUGGUGGUGUCAUGGUGUGGUGGAUCCAUCCCUUGUAUCAGCGGUUCAGGCUGGUGGCUGGUGGUGUCAUGGUGUGGUGGAUCCAUCCCUUGUAUCAGCGGUUCAGGCUGGUGGCUGGUGGUGUCAUGGUGUGGUGGAUCCAUCCCUUGUAUCAGCGGUUCAGGCUGGUGGCUGGUGGUGUCAUGGUGUGGUGGAUCCAUCCCUUGUAUCAGCGGCUCAGGCUGGUGGUGUCAUGGUGUCAUGGUGUGGUGGAUCCAUCCCUUGUAUCAGUGGUUCAGGCUGGUGGUGUCAUGGUGUGGUGGAUCCAUCCCUUGUAUCAGCGGCUCCGGCUGGUGGCUGUUGGUGUCACAGUAUGGGCGAGAUUUUCUUGGCA